AUGGCAGCGGAACUUCGUUUUGAUGGACGUACUGUUGUGGUCACUGGUGCUGGUGGUGGUCUUGGUCGUGCAUAUGCCAUUGCCUUUGCCCAGCGCGGUGCUAAUGUAGUUGUUAAUGACCUCGGAGUCUCCCGCGCAGGCGAUGGUACAUCGUCUGCAGCUGCUGACAAAGUUGUCGAAGAAAUUAAAAACUUUGGAGGAAAAGCUGUCGCCAAUUACAACUCUGUUGAAGACGGAGACAAGAUCGUUGAGACUGCCGUCAAGGCUUUCGGACGAAUCGAUAUAAUCAUAAACAAUGCAGGCAUUCUUCGAGACCGAUCAUUCGCCAGAAUGACUGAUCAGGAUUGGGAUUUGCUCAUGGCAGUCCAUGUACGCGGAUCAUACAAAGUCACAAAGGCCGCAUGGCCAUUCUUUAAAAAGCAGAAAUUUGGUAGAAUCAUAAACACUGCUUCGGCAGCAGGAAUCUACGGCAACUAUGGUCAAGCCAAUUACAGUGCUGCAAAACUUGCCUUGGUUUCAUUUACACGAACCUUGGCUAUCGAAGGAGCAAGUUCCAACAUCCAUUCAAAUGUGAUUGCCCCGAUCGCCGCUUCUCGUAUGACCGAAACCGUCAUGCCACCCGACGUGCUUGAGGCUUUGAAACCCGAAUUCAUAUCACCACUCGUACUUUAUCUAUGUCACGAAUCUACUCAAGAAAGCGGUUCUCUGUUUGAACUCGGUGCCGGGUUUGUGGCAAAACUGCGAUGGGAACGAUCGAAGGGAGCUGUAUUCAAGGCCGAUGAAACCCUUACACCUGGCGUUAUUGCAGCUAAAUGGGAAGAAGUCACGAAUUUCCAGAAUCCAGACUAUCCCAACAAGACAACAGAUCUCAAUCUCCUCGAAUUGUAUGAACAAGCCAAGAAUCUUCCAUCUAACCCCAAAGGUGAUGACUUGAAAUUUGAUGGGAAAGUAGUAGUGAUUACUGGCGCCGGUGGUGGGCUAGGUAGAGCGUACGCUUUGAUGUUUGGGAAACUCGGAGCUUCGGUGGUUGUAAACGACCUUGGUGUACUAACUAACAGUCAAGGAAAGUCUGUCAGGGCUGCUGAUCUAGUUGUAGAUGAAAUUAUUGCGGCUGGUGGCAAGGCUGUUGCUAAUUACGAUUCCGUCGAAGAGGGUGAAAAAGUAAUUGACACUGCAAUCAACGCAUAUGGACGUGUAGAUAUUCUUUUAAACAACGCUGGGGUUUUGAGAGAUAAAUCAUUCAUAAAGAUGUCCGAUCAGGACUGGGAUCUAGUUCAGAGAAUACAUUUACGAGGAACAUAUAAAGCAACCAAAGCUGCAUGGCCGUAUUUCUUAAAACAAAAGUAUGGUCGCGUAGUUAAUACGGCUUCAUCUGUUGGACUUUACGGUAACUUUGGGCAAGCCAAUUAUAGUACAGCGAAACUCGGCAUACUUGGCAUUAGCAACACUCUCGCUCUCGAAGGUGCCAAGUACAACAUUCUGGUUAAUACAAUUGUACCUACCGCAGGUACUGCCAUGACAGCAACAAUUUGGCCAAAAGAACUGGUCGACACAUUAAAGCCCGAUUUCGUUGCUCCACUUGUCGGCCUUCUUUCGCACGAGAAUUGCCCAGCUACUGGUAAAAUAUUUGAAGUAGGUGGCGGUUGGGCUGCUCAAGUCCGUUGGCAACGCGCUGGCGGUGUCGGUUUCCCUACGUCUAAACCACUCAGGCCAGAAGAUAUUGCAGCCAAGUGGGAUAAGAUAACCGAUUUUGAUGAUGGUCGUGCCACACAUCCUACAACAACACAAGAAGCAUUACAGCAGUUCUUUGAAAACUUUGCUAAUACCAAGUCAUCCGACGAAGAAGGUUCUACUUCUGGGGAAGGGAAGAUUAAUGUUGAAAAGGCCAAGGCACUGAAAUUACCAUCAUUAGAACAUACAUAUACUGCUAGGGAUGCUAUUAUUUAUGCCUUGGGUCUCGGAGCGACUAGAAACGAUUUGCAAUGGGUUUAUGAAAAUAAUGAAAAUUUCUCGGUUUUACCAACAUACGGCGUUGUUCCUGGUCUUGCUACCGUAUUCUCUAUAAAACUGGAGGAUGUAGUUGGUGACUUCAACCCGAUGAUGCUUCUACAUGGAGAACAAUAUCUUGAAAUUAAAAAUCUCAUCCCCACCUCUGGCAAACUAAUUUCUACACCUUACAUAGUUGACAUUCUUGACAAGGGCAAAGGUGCUUCGCUCGUAAUUGGUGUAACUACAAAGGAUGAAAAUGACACAGAGAUCUUUAAGAACGAAAUCACGCUUUACAUUCGCGGCAUCGGAGGCUUUGGAGGAAAAAAGACAGGAACUGAUCGGGGGGCAGCGACUGCUGCAAACGUUCCACCAAAACGAGCACCUGACGCAACAGUUCGGGAGAAGACCUUUGAAAGUCAGGCUGCUUUGUACCGUAUGAGUGGUGAUUAUAAUCCAUUGCACAUUGAUCCAAACAUGUCUGCCAUGGGAGGUUUCGAUGUUCCCAUCUUGCAUGGACUGUGCUCACUUGGUAUUUCAGGCAAGCAUAUUUUGACAACUUUCGCCAAUGGUGAUUCUAGUAAAUUCAAGAGCAUCAAGGCCAGAUUCUCAGCACCCGUCUAUCCCGGAGAAACGAUUGAGACUCAAUGCUGGAAAGAGGGUAAUAAAAUCACUUUCCAGACUAAGGUUGUUGAACGUGACGUGAUUUGCAUCAGUGGCGGAGCUGUCGAAUUAAAGGGAGAUUCCAGCUCUGCUGGUGGAGACAGUAAGCCCGCUGGUUCUAAUGCAGGAGUGGCCGUACCUGGAUUCAAGUCAUCCGCUAUAUUUGAGGCUCUUAAGGCUUCCAUUGAUUCGGCAAGUCCUGCUCAGAAACAAGCACAGGCUAAGAAAGUCAAGGGUAUAUUCCAAGUUGAAAUCAAAGGCGAUGGUGGCAAGUCUGCCACUUGGUACAUUGAUCUCAAGGAGAAUCCUGGUGUCGGGGUUGGGCCAAGUCCGAAAAAACCUGACGCAUCCAUCACCAUUUCGGAUGCCGACUUUACAGAUCUAGCAACUGGCAAGGCUAUUUCACAAAAAUUGUUCAUGGCUGGUAAACUCAAGGUUCGCGGUAAUAUGAUGCUUGCCACUAAACUCGGCGAGGUUGUUGGUACCAAGUCCAAGAUGUAA